UUCAAAAAACACAGACGUUCGAAAGUUUGGAACUGCAGGAAAAGACUAUAUAGAAUCUCACAAUGCUUGUAAAGGAAAUAAUAAGGAUCCUUUCAUGGAUAUUAUUACUUGGUAUUGUAAUGCAAAAUAUCCAUACACAAAAUAAAACAUACGAUGAAAAUAUAUACUCAAGACAUACUCAGAAAACUACAUCGAACUCCAUAAACACAGAUGAAAAAGUCGACACAAAAAAAGGAAUAUAUAUAAUAUUUGUCUUUGUUAUGUCAUCAUUUGUGGGUAUUGCUGUAAUUUGGUGUAUGAAAAGAUACACCAUAAGGAGACAGCCUGAAAUAAGGGAGCACGAAAACGGGCAGCCUCGCGGCGUCAUAUUUGAAGCAAACAAUGAGGAAAAUGAGAAUGACGAGGAAAUUAUACAUGUGUGUGGAUAAUUUUCUGACUUUUUUUUUAACGUUACUUCAAAAUUUCAUUUAUUUGUGACAUUUUGUAAAUUUCA